GUGAUCAUCCCGCAGCGUGACGCGCAAUCAGCUGACUGCGCUCCACAGCAAAAGGAAGACAAACACCUCGGUCGACCUUCGUCUCUGCGUUAACUCCCCGGCUGUUUCACUCCGCCGCUUCUCCGCUUCCGACAUGGCGAGUCAGUCUCAGGGGAUCCAGCAGCUGCUGCAGGCCGAGAAGAGAGCGGCCGAGAAGGUGGCCGAGGCCCGCAAACGUAAGAACCGUCGUCUGAAGCAGGCGAAGGAAGAAGCUCAAGCCGAGAUUGAACAGUAUCGACUUCAGAGAGAGAAGGAGUUCAAGACCAAAGAAGCUGCUGCCCUCGGUUCUCACGGCAACAGCGCGGUGGAGGUGGACCGCGACACGGUGGUGCGGAUGAGCCACAUCCAGGCCAGUUACCGUGGCAACCGGGAGGCGGUGCUGGGCGAGCUGCUGCGCCGCGUCUGCGACAUCCAGCCGGAGUUUCACAUCAACUACCGUGUGGCGGGCUGAGGGGCGGGGCCGUGAGAGAAGGGGCGGGGCCUCAAUAGCAGCUGGGGCGGGGCAAACGGAGGAGACCGUGGACGUUAGAGACUUUAGCUUCAAUCACAGACAAACAUUUAUUUUUUUGUUACUCAAAACUAAUUAAUCUGAAAUUUCCACCAAAACGUGAAGUUUUUUAUUUUGACUGUUUUGCAAAGUUCGUCUCCUCCGGUUUUCCUGCUGCGAGCGAAGACGUUAAUAAAUGUUGUUACUGUGUUGAUGUUUACCAAAUAUUUAUAUUUAAAUAUAUUUCUUUGAAUCUAAAAAUAAAAUUCUUCCUUUACUGUUUCUCCGUGAGGUCUGAAAAGAAAAUGAGAUAAUAUUAAUAUAAAUUACGAUAAAUGAAUAUAAAUGAAAUCUGGCUGAUUGACAACGUGUCUCUGUUCUCAACCCUGAUUGGCUGGAGAAAGUGGAAGGCUUUUAUUGUGAAACUCAUGCAUUUCCACAGUUAUUUUGGUUGUUUACUGUGUGUGACCAUAUGACUUCUUGUCGUUCUGAAGUUUUCCUGUUGAUGUUUGUGAAGUGAUGAGAAAAUAUUAAACUGAAUGUUGAUUGGCUGAAA